AUGCCGGGCCGCGCCACAGCGCCUCAGCCUCAGUGGAAAUAUGUCUCCUGUAGGACACCCCCAAACAUCACCACCUACCCAGCCGCCCACACUCCCUGCAUGCCGGGCCGCGCCGCAGCGCCUCAGCCUCAGGGGGAACGUGUCUCCUGUGGGACACCACCAAACAUCACCGCCUCCCCAGCUGCCCACACUGCCUGCAUGCCGGGCCGCACCGCAGCGCCUCAGCCUCGGGGGAACGUGUCUCCUGAGGGACACCCCCAAACAUCACCGCCUACCCAGCCGCCCACACUCCCUGCAUGCCGGGCCGCGACACAGCGCCUCAGCCUCAGGGGAAACAUGUCUCCUGUAGGACACCCCCAAACAUCACCGCCUACCCAGCCGCCCACACUCCCUGCAUACCGAGCCGCGCCGCAGCGCUCCAGCCUCAGGGGGAACGUGUCUCCUGUGGGACACCACCAAACAUCACCGCCUACCCAGCCGCCCAAACUCCCUGCAUGCCGGGCCGCGCCGCAGCGCCUCAGCCUCAGGGGGAUCGUGUCUCCUGUAGGACACCCCCAAACAUCACCGCCUACCCAGCCGCCCACACUCCCUGCAUGCCGGGCCGCGCCGCAGCGCCUCAGCCUCAGGGGGAACGUGUCUCCUGUGGGACACCACCAAACAUCACCGCCUGCCCAGCUGCCCACACUGCCUGCAUGCCGGGCCGCACCGCAGCGCUCCAGCCUCAGGGGGAACGUGUCUCCUGUGGGACACCACCAAACAUCACCGCCUGCCCAGCUGCCCACACUGCCUGCAUGCCGGGCCGCACCGCAGCGCUCCAGCCUCAGGAGGAAUGUGUCUCCUUUGGGACACCGCCAAACAUCAUUGCCUGCCCAGCCACCCACACUCCCUACAUGUCGGGCUGCGCCACAGCGCCUCAGCCUCAGGGGGAACGUGUCUCCUGUGGGACACCACCAAACAUCAUUGCCUGCCCAGCCACCCACACUCCCUGCAUGCCGGGCCGCGCUGCAGUGCCUCAGCCUCAGGGGGAACGUGUCUCCUGUAGGACACCCCCAAACAUCACCGCCUACCCAGCCGCCCACACUCCCUGCAAGCCGGGCCGCGCCACAGCGCCUCAGCCUCAGGGGAAACAUGUCUCCUGUAGGACACCCCCAAACAUCACCGCCUACCCAGACGCCCACACUCCCUGCAUGCCGGGCCGCGCCGCAGCGCCUCAGCCUCAGGGGGAACGUGUCUCCUGUGGGACACCACCAAACAUCACCGCCUGCCCAGCCGCCCACACUGCCUGCAUGCCGGGCCGCACCGCAGCGCUCCAGGAUCAGGGGGAACGUGUCUCCUGUGGGACACCACCAAACAUCACCGCCUGCACAGCUGCCCACACUGCCUGCAUGCCUGGCCGCACCGCAGUGCUCCAGCCUCAGGAGGAACGUGUCUCCUGUGGGACACCACCAAACAUCACCACCUACCCAGCUGCCCACACUGCCUGCAUGCCGGGCGGCGCCGCAGCGCCUCAGCCUCAGGGGGAACGUGUCUCCUGUGGGACACCACCAAACAUCACCGCCUGCCCAGCUGCACACACUGCCUGCAUGCCGGGCCGCACCGCAGCGCUCCAGCCUCAGGGGGAACGUGUCUCCUGUGGGACACCACCAAACAUCAUUGCCUGCCCAGCCACCCACACUCCCUGCAUGCCGGGCCGCAGUGCCUCAGCCUCAGGGGGAACGUGUCUCCUGUAGGACACCCCCAAACAUCACCGCCUACCCAGCCGCCCACACUCCCUGCAUGCCGGGCCGCGCCACAGCGCCUCAGCCUCAGGGGAAACAUGUCUCCUGUAGGACACCCCCAAACAUCACCGCCUACCCAGCCGCCCACACUCCCUGCAUGCCGGGCCGCGCCGCAGCGCCUCAGCCUCAGGGGGAACGUGUCUCCUGUGGGACACCACCAAACAUCACCGCCUGCCCAGCUGCCCACACUGCCUGCAUGCCGGGCCGCACCGCAGCGCUCCAGCCUCAGGGGGAACGUGUCUCCUGUGGGACACCACCAAACAUCACCGCCUGCCCAGCUGCCCAAACUGCCUGCAUGCCUGGCCGCACCGCAGAGCUCCAGCCUCAGGAGGAACGUGUCUCCUGUGGGACACCACCAUACAUCACCACCUACCCAGCUGCCCACACUGCCUGCAUGCCGGGCCGCGCCGCAGCGCCUCAGCCUCAGGGGGAACGUGUCUCCAGUGGGACACCCCCAAACAUCACCGCCUACCCAGCCGCCCACACUCCCUGCAUGCCGGGCCGUGCCACAGCGCCUCAGCCUCAGGGGAAACAUGUCUCCUCUAGGACACCCCCAAACAUCACCGCCUACCCAGCCGCCCACACUCCCUGCAUGCCGGGCCACGCCGCAGCGCUCCAGCCUCAGGGGGAACGUGUCUCCUGUGGGACACCACCAAACAUCACCGCCUACCCAGCCGCCCACACUCCCUGCAUGCCGUGCCGCGCCGCAGCGCCUCAGCCUCAGGGGGAACGUGUCUCCUGUGGGACACAACCAGACAUCACCGCCUACCCAGCCGCCAACACUCCCUGCAUGCCGGGCCGCGCCGCAGCGCCUCAGCCUCAGGGGGAACGUGUGUCCUGUGGGACACCCCCAAACAUCACCGCCUACCCAGCCGCCCACACUCCCUGCAUGCCGGCCCGCGCCACAGCGCCUCAGCCUCAGGGGAAACAUGUCUCCUGUAGGACACCCCCAAACAUCACCGCCUACCCAGCCGCCCACACUGCCUGCAUGCCGGGCCGCGCCGCACCGCCUCAGCCUCAGGGGGAACGUGUCUCCUGUGGGACACCACCAAACAUCACCGCCUGCCCAGCUGCCCACACUGCCUGCAUGCCGGGCCGCACCGCAGCGCUCCAGCCUCAGGGGGAACGUGUCUCCUGUGGGACACCACCAAACAUCACCGCCUGCCCAGCUGCCCACACUGCCUGCAUGCCGGGCCGCACCGCAGUGCUCCAGCCUCAGGAGGAAUGUGUCUCCUGUGGGACACCACCAAACAUCAUUGCCUGCCCAGCCACCCACACUCCCUCCAUGCCGGGCCGCGCCACAGCGUCUCAGCCUCAGGGUAACGUGUCUCCUGUGGGACACCACCAAACAUCAUUGCCUGCCCAGCUGCCCACACUCCCUGCAUGCCGGGCCGCGCCGCAGCGCCUCAGCCUCAGGGGGAACGUGUCCCCUGUAGGACACCCCCAAACAUCACCGCCUACCCAGCUGCCCACACUCCCUGCAUGCCGGGCCGCGCCACAGCGCCUCAGCCUCAGGGGAAAUAUGUCUCCUGUAGGACACCCCCAAACAUUACCACCUACCCAGCCGCCCACACUCCCUGCAUGCCGGGCCGCGCCGCAGCGCCUCAGCCUCAGGGGGAACGUGUCUCCUGUGGGACACCACCAAACAUCACCGCCUGCCCAGCUGCCCACACUGCCUGCAUGCCGGGCCGCACCGCAGCGCCUCAGCCUCAGGGGGAACGUGUCUCCUGAGGGACACCCCCAAACAUCACCGCCUACCCAGCCGCCCACACUCCCUGCAUGCCGGGCCGCGCCACAGCGCCUCAGCCUCAGGGGAAACAUGUCUCCUGUAGGACACCCCCAAACAUCACCGCCUACCCAGCCGCCCACACUCCCUGCAUGCCAAGCCGCGCCGCAGCGCUCCAGCCUCAGGGGGAACGUGUCUCCUGUGGGACACCACCAAACAUCACCGCCUACCCAGCCGCCCACACUCCCUGCAUGCCGGGCCGCGCCGCAGCGCCUCAGUCUCAGGGGGAUCGUGUCUCCUGUAGGACACCCCCAAACAUCACCGCCUACCCAGCCGCCCACACUGCCUGCAUGCCGGGCCGCGCCGCACCGCCUCAGCCUCAGGGGGAACGUGUCUCCUGUGGGACACCACCAAACAUCACCGCCUGCCCAGCUGCCCACACUGCCUGCAUGCCGGGCCGCACCGCAGCGCUCCAGCCUCAGGGGGAACGUGUCUCCUGUGGGACACCACCAAACAUCACCACCUGCCCAGCUGCCCACACUGCCUGCAUGCCGGGCCGCACCGCAGCGCUCCAGCCUCAGGAGAAAUGUGUCUCCUUUGGGACACCGCCAAACAUCAUAG